AUGAAAUUGGUUGCAAGUAGAGCUAAUGUACCCAUUGGUGCAUUGCUAACUGUUGAGCACCUACCAGCAAAACUUUGUGUUGAGGUAACCUGGGGAGAUAUCAAUGAUCUAAGGGAUGGAGAUAAGAGUUUUAAUGUCACAUCCUCACUGUCAAUCUGCCGUUACUUGGGGAGGAUGGCCAGUGGCAGCAAGCUGUAUGGGAGUUCUGCAAUAGAGAGGACAGAGAUUGACCAUUGGUUGGACUUUAGCUGUGGAUAUGUAAGCUGUUCAACCCAAUUCAACAACGCCUUAUCUCACUUAGACAAAGUUCUAGGUCCAAUCACAUACCUUGUUGCUGAUACAUUAACAAUUGCUGACUUUGCUAUCUGGGAGGCUUUAAGAGUCAACCAGGAGUGGAACAAACAGGUGAAUAAUGGUAUUGCUCCAGUCAAUGUAACCAGGUAUUACAACCACCUCUCCAACCUGCCAAAGUUUCUUAAGGUCACCAAAAGUCUCCCCAAAGUGGAAAUGAAAAGUCAAGAGUCUGUCAAGCAGAAAGAUGAGGGCAAGUUUGUGGAUCUACCAGGAGCUAAACAGGGGGAGGUUGUUGUAAGGUUCCCUCCAGAAGCUAGUGGGUACCUCCACAUUGGUCAUGCUAAAGCUGCUCUCCUGAAUGCCCACUACCAGAAAAUGUUUGAUGGCAAACUGAUUAUGAGGUUUGAUGACACCAAUCCUGCUAAGGAGAAUGAACAUUUUGAAAAGGUGAUACUUGAAGAUGUUGCCAUGCUUGGUAUCAAGUAUGACAAGUUCUCAUAUACAUCUGACUACUUUGAUGACAUGCUGAACAUGUGUGAGAAGUUCAUUAAAAUGGGUAAAGCAUAUGUGGAUGAUACUCCAGGGGAAACGAUGAAAGAAAUGAGAGAGGCAAGGGAGGAAUCUGUGAAUAGAAGCAAUUCUGCUGAGAAGAACAUGGAGAUGUGGAAAGAGAUGAUAAAAGGCUCAGAGGUUGGCCAGACAUGUGCAGUGAGGGCCAAGAUUGACAUGCAGUCUGACAAUGGCUGUAUGAGGGACCCAACUAUAUACAGGUGUAAACCAGAGGCACAUAUAAGAACUGGCAACAAGUACAAGGUAUACCCAACUUAUGACUUUGCCUGCCCUAUAGUAGACAGUUUAGAGGGAGUAACACAUGCCUUGAGGACAACAGAGUAUUUAGAUAGGGAUCCACAAUACUACUGGUUUAUAGAAGCCCUAGGUAUCCGCAAACCAUUCAUCUACUCCUACAGUCGUCUCAAUCUCCAGAAUACUGUCCUCUCUAAGCGCAAGCUAACAUGGUUUGUCUCAGAGAAGAUUGUGGAUGGAUGGGAUGACCCCAGAUUCCCCACUGUGAGAGGUGUCUUGAGACGUGGAAUGACAGUGGAAGGUUUGAAGCAGUUCAUAGUUGCUCAGGGAUCUUCCAAGUCUGUGUGUAUGAUGGAGUGGGACAAAAUCUGGGCAUUCAACAAGAAGGUCAUAGACCCUAUAGUUCCCCGCUACACAGCCUUACAGAAAGAUGGCGCUGUACCUGUGUUUGUAAAUGGAGCUAAGGUGGAAUCUCAAGAACUUGCUGCACAUCCCAAGAAUUCUGAUGUUGGUUUAAAGACUGUUUGGUUUGGUCCUAAAGUGCUGAUAGAUGGCGCUGAUGCUGACACAUUGAAGGAGGGGGAAGUUGCUACAUUCAUCAACUGGGGAAACUUGAAAAUCACCAAAGUUAAUAGAAAGGAUGGGAAAGUGGAGUCUGUUAAUGCUGACCUGGACCUUUGCAAUAAGGACUUCAAAAAAACAGUGAAAUUGACUUGGUUAGCAGAGAUAGAACCUGCACCAUUUGUUCCUGCCAUUUGCCAACACUUUGACCACAUUAUCACCAAACCUGUGCUGGCCAAGGAAGACAACUUCAAAGAUUAUGUCAACAGGAACUCCAAGGUUGAGUAUACAAUGUUGGGUGAUCCUUGCCUGGUAUCAUUAAAGAAAGGUGACAUAAUACAGCUGCAGCGCCGUGGUUACUACAUCUGUGACUCUCCCUUUCAACCAACAAGUCGUCACAGUGGUAGAGCUAGUCCCUGUAUCCUCAUCUAUAUUCCUGAUGGUCACUCUAAAGAGAUGCCAACAUCUGGGUCUAAACAUAAAGACUCUAAACAGAAUGCUAAGGGUAAGAAAUUGAAGACUCAAGCCACCCCUGCACCUCCAGUGGCUGCUGUAUCUGCUAACAAAGGUGACAACUUGAAUGAGCAGAUCACAACACAAGGCAAUAAGGUUCGUGAUUUGAAGUCUGCCAAAGCACCCAAAGACCAGGUUGAUGCAGCAGUGAAGAGUCUGUUAGCUCUGAAAGGUGAUUACAAAUCUGCAACUGGAAAUGAUUGGAAACCUGGCAAACAUGUCUCUGCUGUGCCAGUUACACCUGUCCCAGCACAGGAAGGGGCAAAAGAUGUGUUGAAUGAUAAAAUAAAUGCUCAAGGUAACAAGGUCCGUGAACUGAAAGGGGCUAAAGCAUGUAAAGAUGAAAUUGACGCCGCAGUGAAAGAUUUGCUUGCUUUAAAAGAUGAAUACAAGAAAGCCACUGGAAAUGAUUGGAAGCCUGGAAAACAUGUAGCUGCAACAUCAAUGUCUGCACCCUCAAAUGGAGAUGUUAUGGAACUAAACAACAAGAUCAUUACUCAGGGAAACCAAGUGCGAGAGCUAAAAUCUGCCAAAGCUUCAAAGGAUCAAAUUGAUGCAGCAGUGAAGGGUCUCCUUGCAUUGAAGGCGGAGUUCAAGACUAAUACAGGUAAAGACUGGAAGCCAGGCCAGGUUAUACCCCCAGCUGCUACUGAACUAGCUACUUCCAACAUGCCUGUGGCAAUAGAAAGCAAGGAGGCCACCGAUCUUAAGGCAAAGAUAGAAGCACAGGGGGAGAAAGUUCGCGUACUGAAAAGUGGAGGAGGUGCCAAGAUUGAGGUUGAUGCUGAAGUUAAAACACUGUUAGCAUUGAAGGGUCAGUAUAAGGAUUUGACAGGAGAGGAGCUAACAGGUGCAGCAAGGAAGGGCAAAAAGGAGAAGAAGGAAAAGCCCAAACAAGAGGAUAAGAAACAGGAGGCUAAGCAAAUACAGACUGAUGCUAAGGGUGAUCGUGAGGUGAAAAAGCAAACAAGACUAGGGCUAGAGGCCAAGAAAGAAGAGAAUCUCUCUGACUGGUAUUCUCAGGUUAUCACAAAGUCUGAGAUGAUAGAGUACUAUGAUGUCUCAGGCUGCUACAUUCUCAGACCUUGGUCAUACUCCAUAUGGGAAAAAAUCAAAGAUUUCUUUGAUGCAGAAAUUAAGAAACUAGGUGUAGAGAACUGUUAUUUCCCUAUGUUUGUGUCCCAUGCUGCCCUGGAGAGAGAGAAGGACCACAUAGCUGAUUUUGCCCCUGAGGUUGCCUGGGUGACUAAGUCAGGACAGUCUGAACUAGCUGAGCCUAUUGCCAUACGUCCCACCAGUGAGACUGUCAUGUACCCUUCCUACGCAAAGUGGAUACAGUCGUACAGAGAUUUGCCUAUCAAAUUAAACCAGUGGAACAAUAUUGUAAGGUGGGAGUUCAAACACCCACAACCAUUCCUGAGGACUAGAGAGUUCCUAUGGCAGGAGGGCCACACAGCAUUUGCUACCAAACCUGAAGCUGAGGAGGAGGUUUUUGCCAUUCUUGAGCUGUAUGCCAGGGUUUAUGAGGAGCUGAUGGCUAUACCUGUUAUCAGGGGAAGGAAAACUGAGAAAGAAAAGUUUGCUGGUGGAGAUUUUACAACAACUGUGGAGGCAUAUAUUUCUGCUAGUGGUCGUGCUAUACAGGGAGCAACAUCUCAUCACUUAGGGCAGAAUUUCUCAAAGAUGUUUGAGAUUGUCUUUGAUGACCCAGAAACCCAGGAAAAGCAAUAUGUCUUCCAGAAUUCAUGGGGAAUCACAACUAGGACAAUUGGUGUGCUUGCAAUGGUACAUGGGGACAACACUGGACUUGUGCUGCCUCCUAGACUUGCCCAAUAUCAGGUAGUAAUUGUACCAUGUGGAAUAACUGCUAGUCUGUCAGAUGCUGAACGUAAGAAACUGAUGGACAAAGCUAAGCAAGUUGCAAAUGGCCUUCAAGCAGCUGGAAUCAGAGUGAAGGGAGACUACAGAGAUAACUAUUCUCCAGGAUGGAAGUUUAACAACUGGGAGCUUAAGGGUGUACCGAUACGUGUUGAAAUUGGACCUAGGGAUAUGAAACAGGGCCAGUUUGUGGCAGUCAGAAGAGACACUGGCGAAAAAACUGUUAUCAAAGAGGAGGUUGGUGUAAAAGUCAUAACAGAUCUGCUGGAAACAAUUCAACAAAAUCUCUAUGAGAGGGCCAAAAGAGACCUGGACCAGCACCUAGCAGUCUCACAUGAUUGGAAUGAAUUCUGCAACUCUCUGGACAAGAAAAAUAUCAUACAGGCCCCAUUCUGUGGUGUUCCGUCAUGUGAGGAUGCCAUCAAAAAAGACAGUGCAAGGGAUGUUGUUGUUGAAGAGGGAGCCCCAUCCAUGGGAGCCAAGUCUCUGUGUAUUCCAUUCAAGCAACCAGGAGACAUAAAGCCAGACAUGAAGUGUAUCAACCCAGCUUGCCAAGCCAAUCCAAAAUUCUAUACUCUCUUUGGAAGAAGUUAUUAGUAUUGACUCUCUAGGAAAUAUACUUUUAACGUUGGACUAUCAGGGAAAAAUUGAUAACUGGUCAAAAUGUUGACCUCAUGUUAAACAGAGAACUUGAUUGUUUAAUAGAAUUCAAUAGUCAGUGACAUAAUUUUUCAACUAAUAGAACUGUUAAGGAAGAUUUUAUAUCAAAUGCCAAUGUUGGUCAUACUUAUCCUGUUUAAUUUUUAUGCAAUACUGGUAUAUACAAGCACUAUUAAACAUAGGCCCCAGGAACAUGUAUAAAAUAUCGAGUCGACACCUGUAUUACACGUACUUCUUCAAAGAAGAAAAGAAGUAGUAGUAAUACAGAUGUCGACUCGCUAUUUUAUACAUGUUCCCGGGGCCUAUGCUAUUAAAUGCACAUAAUACAAUCAUGGUAAUGCAGGAUUAUUGUUGGAAAUGAAAAAACAUUCUUAAAAUAGAGAAACACAUAUGCAA